UGCUUAAGAGACAAGACCACCUUGCGGUAUUCUUCGCGUCACCAGUGACGAAUCUUAAAGCAAAAAGUGUGGAUGUACAUGCGUGUGCACAGUACCUGUAUUAACACAACAGUAACGACACGAAUAUCAUUUUCAUUCUACGGUCGGACGGGUGAGAGCGUGCUGUGGUUUUACGAGUAGAUAGUGGCGUGUGGUCGAUAGAUCAGUUUAGUACACUUUACGAGUUUCUUAUAUAGGCCUAUUUCCAAUGGCGCAUGAAGAUGAACGGUCAUCGGAUUCUGUCCGUUUACAGAGGAAAAUAACAUUGCUAAACGGUGUCACAAUCAUUGUUGGUGGAAUCAUAGGUUCCGGUAUUUUUAUUACACCGAAAUCUGUGUUGGUACAUAGUGGAUCUGUUGGCGUAUCGCUGAUAGUAUGGACAUUAGCUGGUCUGGGAUCUCUCGUCGGUGCGUUAUGCUACGCGGAGCUCGGAACAACAAUUGUAAAAUCUGGUGGAGAUUACGCGUAUAUCAAAGAGGCUUGGGGUCCUAUGUUAGCUUUUGUGUUUCUCUGGGUGAAUGUAUUAGUUCUGCAGCCGUCAUUACUGGCGAUAUUAGCUCUAACUUUCGCUGAUUAUAUUGUGUAUCCGUUUUAUCCAGAUCCUACCUGUCACCCUCCACAGACUAGCCUCUUCCUGACAGCGAUAUCUUGUUUAGUUCUUCUUGCAGCGGUUAAUUCUUUCAGUGUACGAUGGACUACAAGAGUGCAAGAUGUGUUUACAUUUGCCAAGAUAUCCGUAUUAAUUAUUAUCAUCGUUACAGGAUUAGUUCGACUUGGAAAAGGAUACACGGAACAUUUCGAGAACGCAUUCGAACCUAUCAAGGGUAUUGAUCAUACAGGAAAGAUAGCAAUCGCAUUCUAUGCCGGAUUUUUUGCCUAUGGUGGAUGGCACGCUCAACAUAAUGUUAUAAACAUUGUCUGCAUUGUAAUUUCACUCUGGAGAGCCGAGGUUGUGCUCGUCCAGUCUGAAAUGCAAUUAGGGCCAGGUGUUUGA